AUGGGGCCCUCCUCAUCUUCUCCUUUCCAUUUUUUCUCUGCAGAGGUCUGUGGGGCCCUCAAUGUCACCGUGUCCCCGGGGCCCGUGGUUGACUACCUGGAGGGGGAAAAUGCUACUCUCCUCUGCCAUGUCUCCCAGAAGAGGCGGAAGGACAGCUUGCUGGCUGUGCGCUGGUUCUUUGCACGCUCCGACUCACAGGAGGCCUUGAUGGUUAAGAUGACCAAGCUCCGGGUGGUACAGUACUACGGGAACUUCAGCCGCAGUGCUAACCGGCAGAGGCUACGCCUGCUUGAGGAGAGGCGAGGGAUGCUCUACAGACUCUCUGUCUUCACCCUCCAGCCCACAGAUCAAGGGCACUAUGUCUGCAAAGUCCAGGAAAUCAGCAAGCACAGGAAUAAAUGGACGGCAUGGUCCAAUGGCUCCUCAGCGACGGAAAUGAGAGUGAUUUCCCUUAAAGCUUCUGAAGACUCGUCUUUUGAGAAAAAGAAAGAGACAUGGGCAUUUUUUGAAGAUCUCUACGUGUAUGCUGUUCUUGUGUGCUGUGUGGGGAUCCUCAGCAUUCUGCUCUUCAUGUUGGUCAUCGUCUGGCAGUCUGUGUUUAACAAGAGGAAAUCCAGAGCAAGACAUUAUUUGGUGAAAAGUCCUCAGAACAGAUCCCACACUCUGGUUAUCACCCCACAAGAUGGUCCAGAGAGCAUGUGGUUUAUGGUGACCCAACAUGCAUUCUGGAAGAGGCUUGGU